AUGUCGGAUGAAGAUACGUACGAGAUACCACUCCAAGACCAAAGGGUCUUCGGCGCAGGAAUCAAGCGCAAGCGGGUACAGUUUGUCCCCUCAACUUCAACCGCCCCAGCCGUUCCUACCAGCCAGACCUCUGGGAAGUCUAUUAGUGAUCUAUAUCUUAAACUAGUCCUUCCAGAAGACCCCAAAACAGCCUCAAAUGAGACCGUACGCUCACGGUCGGCCGUCUCGGAUUCCCCAGCGACGGGGAGAUCUAAAGAUGAAGAGUCAUUGCAGUCGCAUGUCUGCGAUAUCUGCAAUCUACCCCUCUCAGCCCCGCUGGACAACAAUUCUACAUCAACGACCAGGGAUAACUUAGAAAAUGCAGAGAAUUCGGGGUGUUUAAACCUCGCAACGUCAAAGCCAACACCGCACGAGGCCUCUCUUGCCCAUCAAGUCUGCCUAGAACAUUCGCAUCCUCCCUCGCAUCUAGACCGCAAACGGAAAGGCCUAGCAUAUCUCUCUUCUUAUGGUUGGGAUCCUGAUUCGCGACUGGGUUUGGGGGCAUCCGGGCAAGGGAUCCAAUAUCCGAUAAAAACGAAGCCUAAAGACGAUAAGCUGGGAAUUGGCGUGGUGCUGCCGAAGGAUGGGGAGAUAAAGAAAAAAGUAAAACCAGAAACAUUGGACGCGAAGAAGAUGAAGAAAUUAUAUUACAAGGAUAGGAGAAAAUCAGAACGUUUGAGGGAGAUGUUCUAUCGAAAUGAUGACGUUGAACGAUAUUUAGGGACGAACUGA